CUCCUUGCACUACUUGACCAUUCCUGAACUCAAAUGAAAUUAAGUUUAUUUACAAAUAAGCUUCCUCUGGAGUCAAAGGGGGCCUCCCCCAUUACACAUGGACAUCUCCCUCUUUGCUCCAAAAGAAACAUAUACACACUUCUUCCCUCUUCACCAACAAAGAGGCAAUGAUCAGCAGUCACCACCUCUAGACAUGCAAAGCAACAACCACAGCAGCUACAACAACAACAGCAGCAACAACAAUCAUCCCCAGAAUAGCCAUACCUCGACGAGCCGGUCAUCGGAUUCCGGUGAGCCUUGUGGCUCAACAGCUAACAAAUGGGCAUCAAAGCUUCUUAGGGAGUGUGCUAGAGCCAUCUCUGACAAGGAUUCAAGCAAAAUCCAUCAACUUCUUUGGAUGUUAAAUGAGCUUGCUUCCCCUUAUGGAGAUUGUGAUCAGAAAUUGGCAUCUUAUUUCUUGCAAGCACUUUUUUGUAAGGCCACGGAGUCCGGCCACCGAUGCUUCAAAACCCUAACUUCAGUAGCUGAAAAGAGCCACUCCUUUGAUUCUGCUAGGAAGUUGAUACUAAAAUUCCAAGAGGUAAGCCCUUGGACAACUUUUGGUCAUGUUGCUUCUAAUGGUGCAAUCUUAGAGGCCUUAGAAGGUGAAACCAAACUUCACAUAAUUGAUAUUAGCAAUACCCUUUGCACUCAAUGGCCCACUUUGCUUGAAGCGUUAGCCACAAGAAACGACGAGACCCCCCAUUUAAAGCUCACUGUUGUUGUUACUGCUAGCAUCGUAAGAUCAGUCAUGAAGGAAAUAGGCCAAAGAAUGGAGAAGUUUGCUAGGUUAAUGGGUGUUCCCUUCGAGAUCAAUGUAAUAAGUGGGCUAAACAACUUAUCAGAGCUCACUAAGGAAGGAUUAGGUGUUCAAGAAGAUGAAGCUAUAGCGAUCAAUUGCAUCGGAGCAUUGAGAAUAGUUGAAGUAGAAGAAAGAAGUGCUGUGAUCCGAAUGUUUCAAUCGCUUAACCCUCGGGUUGUGACAGUAGUUGAAGAAGAAGCUGAUUUUACUAGCUCAAGAUAUGAGUUCGUCAAGUGCUUUGAAGAGUGCCUUAGGUAUUAUACUCUAUACUUUGAGAUGCUAGAAGACAGCUUUGCCCCAACUAGCAAUGAAAGAUUGAUGUUGGAGAGGGAGUGCUCAAGAAGCAUAGUUAGGGUUUUGGCUUGUGACUGUGAAGAAAAUGGUGGUGAUGGAGGAGGAGGAGAGUGUGAGAGAAGGGAAAGAGGAAAUCAGUGGUGUGAGAGACUCCGUGAGGCGUUUACACCGGUUGGAUUCAGCGAUGAUGUUGUGGAUGAUGUCAAGGCAUUGCUUAAAAGAUACAGAGCAGGGUGGUCACUUAUGCAGCCUCCUCAAGGAGAUCAAGAAUCAUCAGGACUUUACUUGACAUGGAAAGAGGAAGCUGUGGUAUGGGCAUCAGCAUGGAAACCCUAAUCAUCAUCAUCAUCAUCAACAACAACAACAACUUCAUCUUCCAUACACUACACAAGAGUGGUGAUGAUGAUGAUGACCAAGUAAAGUCUAAAGGGUAUUAGCAUGGGAAUUUAUUCAGAACCUGGAUGAGAGAAUUGAUUGGCCAUGAACAAUUAGAUUUGAUGAUGAUGGAGUUUAUCACUACUUUUUUUUCCAUAUCCCAGUUCUUCGUGUGCUUCUUUCAUAAUUAUUAUCAUGCAUGUUUGUAUUUUUAUCUCUAUAUGUUCAGGUACUUUGCUUCUCUUCUGCUUUA